AUGCAUGAUGAUGAGAAGGAGCCUCUUCCUCCAGCGGAGCAGGUGAGACAGACACUUGGAAGCAAACUAAACCCCGUCACAAACGUCCGCUCCUUCCUGGUGAUGCUGACUGGAGAACUGAGCCGUGACUCAGAGGUGCGAGUCCAUCUCCUCCGCCUCUGCCGCCUCUCCUCCUCUGCGCGCCACAGGGUCCGCAGCCCGCGCUCCUCCCCGCCCCUCGGACAUGGAGCAACACUGAACGUUGACGGAGAAGUGGAGCUGGACGCCAUUAUCAUGGAUGGAAAGACACUUUCCUGUGGUGCAGUGUCUUCAGUAAAGAACAUCGCUAACCCUGUAACACUGGCAAGGGCGGUGAUGGACAAGACGUCCCAUGUCAUGCUGUCAGGCAAGGGUGCAAGCCUGUUUGCAGAGAGCAUCGGUGUCAGCACGGUUCCCACUGACUCGCUGGUGACUGAGUAUGAAAAGAGAGAAUGGGAGAAGCACAAGCAUUACAUGACAGAAGUCAUGGAAUAUUUCAACUCUCAGUGGGUUCAUGAUACCGUUGGGGCGGUGGCUGUGGACUGUGCCGGCAACGUUGCAUGCGCAACGUCAACUGGAGGCAUCAGAAAUAAAAUGGUCGGCAGAGUAGGAGACUCUCCUGUCAUUGGCUGCGGAGGAUAUGCAGACAACUUCAGUGGUGCCGUAUCGUGCACAGGCCACGGAGAAUCUAUUCUGAAAGUGACUCUAGCCAGGCUCAUUAUUUGGCACAUCGAACAAGGUAAAUCUUUGGCAGAAGCCUCCCAGCUGUCUCUGCAGCACAUGGGUGAUCGAGUCCGGGGAGUGGGAGGAGCAGUGGUAGUUUCUCCGUCGGGGAAGUGGGCCGCCACAUUUACCUCUCAACGAAUGGCUUGGGCUGCUGCGGAACAGGAUGUCCUGUGGUUUGGAUUAAACCCAAAUGAGACACUGAAAGGGAAAUUGUCCCAGUAG